GUGCUUCUUUACACUGCUAGAAUAGGUCAGAUUUCAGACCACGCCCCCAAACCUGAACGCAUAACAUGAUUGGAUGGCGAGGCAUGUUCUCAAAUAACAUGAGCGAAAAAGUUAACUCUCAGAAAGUUUGGUGUGAGUAGCAUUUUUUUUUGUAAAUGGCACCAAAACCAGGCCACCGCUGUCAUACCACAAUUUGUUUUUGAAUAAAUUUAUAGUAAAAUCCUGGUAAAAAUAACAAGUACGAUGUCACUUUGCAAAGAGAGUUUAGUUCAAGAAGAAAAUAGAGAAACAGUCUUGCGUACAAGCAAUGGGGACACGGGAAAGAAGUCCAGAGCGAUCUGUGGUGUUUGUAAUCGGAUGUAUCGAGACCCUAAAAUCCUGCCUUGCUUGCACACGUUUUGCGCGGACUGCGUUCGCCAGCUCGAGCCGUUUUCUGUGCGUCGCGUGAACGGGGAACGACGCUCGCCUGAAGAUGACGCGCACGGGCACAACUCUGGCUCAACAAUCCUGUGUCCCGAGUGCGAUUCAGAGGUGAAACUGCCGCCAUCGGGAGUGGAGGGGCUGACCACUGAUCAUCUUGCGCUGGACGAGGUGUUCACGGAGACGCUGCUAGUGGACAGCAGCGUUUUGUGCGACUUGUGCAGCGACAGCGGCGCGGGGAAGCGCUGUGAGGUGUGCUGUGUCAACCUCUGCGACUUCUGCAGUCAGGCCCACAGGAGACAGAAGAGGACCUCCUCUCACUCUAUCCAAAGCCUACAGGAGCUGAAAUCUCAGGGUCGUCUCACUAGACCAGUUCUGUGCUCGCUGCAUCCUGGUCAGGAGCUACGGCUCUUCUGCGAGCCAUGUGACCUCACCGUGUGCCUGGAGUGUGCGGCCACCUUUCACCGCGACCACCACUGCAACUCUGCCCAUGAGGUCAUCAGUCGCCAUGGAGAUCGCAUCAGGGAUUUGGUAGUCAGGAGCUUAAGGCCUCGUCUUGCUCGUCUGGAGGAUUCACUGAGACGUGUGGACACAUCCCAAGAGGCUUUGCAGGCACGGACCGACACGUUGGCGGGUGAGAUUCGGGCGUUUGCUCGGAGUUAUGCCAGCGCGGUGGAGGCACAUUGCUGUUCACUGCUGCGGUCACUGGAGGACUUGAAAUUGCAGCGCAGGAACCAACUUCAUCUGCAGAAGGCUCAACUGCAGCAGGCCUUGUCUGAUGUCCGCGGUGGAGUGGACUUUGCAGAGCGUCUGCUCACGUGCGGUUCAGAUGCCGAAAUCCUCAGUGCCAAAGGAGUUACUAUGAGGAGAUUGAUGAACCUUGUGGAGUCAGGAUAUGAUCCACACCCAACGACGAUCGCCCAUGAUAAUGCCAGCAGCAUCUGUUUCCUUCCACAGGAGAGUGCUGGAGAGGUGGAGGGAUUUCCUGUGGUAGGAGUUGUACAUGCCAAGACUGUGGAUCCCAGCAAAUGCAGUAUCCAGGGAGAAGGUGUGGAGCAAGGUCGUGAAGGCCAGCGGGGAGAGUUCACUUUGGUUUGCAGGGACUCCUCUGGAGAACAGAUGGGCCGAGGUGGAGACCCCGUUCUGGUCAGCAUAGUGCACAAGGAGAAGAAGGGUUGCUCUGUGGAGGCAGUAGUGGUGGAUAACAGUGAUGGCUCCUAUGGUGUGUCCUACACCCCUGCUGAAGCGGGUCUUUACUCUGUGUGGGUCUGUGUUAAAGCACAGCACGUCCAGGGAUCACCUUUCAUGUUAAAUGUGAAGAGGAAGUUCAGACGUCACCGUGGCAUAUUCCAUUGCUGUUCCUUCUGCUCUAGUGGGGGAGCUAAAGAGGCACGCUGUGGCUGCACAGGGACCAUGCCAGGAGGGUUUCAGGGCUGUGGACAUGGUCAUAAGGGACACCCCGGUAAGCCCCACUGGUCAUGUUGUGGCAGUGUAGUGGAGGCUUCAGAGUGUAUUCUGCAUAACCUGGGCUCCGUUUCUCCUCGUGGACAUCUCCGGACUGUGGAGCUCUGAGACAACCAGCAAAAAUACACUCUGUCUGAUCACAUUUUUACCAUAAACUCACAACCCAUUAACCAGACAACCUAUAAAUCACAAAUUUCAGAAAAUUCACAUUUGUGCCUUUCACAUUGCCUUUAUACAGUGUUAUUCUAGAAAAUUAUUGGCUACUCAUGAUUUUGACAGAUCAAUCUUUUUUUGGGGGGGGUGUCCAUAAUUUGGGUGAUGAUUUUUUAUUUUUUUUAUUUUUUCAGCAGUGCCAAUAUUUAUUGUGCCUCUUCAUAAUCAUGGCCGCAACUGACAAAUUAUAUUUAAAAUUCCAUUGUAUCUGUUCUAUUUUACAAAGUGUCAACACUAAUACUUUUGUAUCAGUAUUAUAACAAUUUAAGAACUAGUGUUUUAUUUACACAUUCAAAACUAAAGUAUUUUACUGUACAAUCACUGUAAAUAUUUCAUCCAUAUUUUAUCAUAAUCUGCAUGAGUUGACUAAAACAUUUUAUUAAUGUCUGGAUAUUUUGUUAAUAUCUGUUGUAUUGUUUUAUUCUCCGUUUUAUCAUAAUAAGCAUGUUUCCCUUGAUAAUACCCUGUUAUAUAAACAAUGUGGUUUGUAUUAUUAUAAUGGUUUAUUUUUAUGUGUGCAUGACUCCAUUCCAAAGACUGUUAUUAUAUGCAUCCUUACAUUUCAGCUGUCUUUGUUUAUGCUGUACUGGUACCUCGGAUUAAACAACUCUUACCUCUCCA